AUGGGAGACCUGGAUGCUUCUACAGUUGCCCGCCUGGGCACCGUGGCGGCAGCCCUCAAGGCACCGGCUCUGAUGCAAGCAGCCGCAGAAGAGGCCAGCCGAAGACCCUCCGACUUCGGGAACCAGGAGGCGGCUAUGAUCGCACGGGCCCUCGCCCUUUCCCAGCACAGCUCAGCCGUCGCGGCGCUGGUCGAAGGCGCCGUGCCGCGUGCGACGGCACUCGGCGCCCGCGCACUGGUCCGUCUUGCUUGGGCCGGUGCAGCUGUGCGGUUGCCAGGAAGCGAGUUGGAACCCAUCCUCAAUGAGGCGUCGACACGCGCAGAGCGACUGCAACCCAAG